AGAGAGAAGGAGAGGGAGUACGUGAGUCGUCCAGUGCAAUCUCUAUUGUUUGAAACUUACUUUUUAUCAGAAUUUGAAGAUGAAAACGGUUAAAAAAUGGCCAUACUUUAGUUGCUAAUCAGCCUAAUGCUUUCCUUAUGAAAAUUUUACCAUCAUUCUUUUUCAUUUCAAACUGAGAAAAUGAAUCCAGUUAUAGAAGAAAGUAUUGGAUGCUGGAAAAAAGUAUCCGUUAUGCAGUGGAACAUCUAAUAAUUAAUUUGCAAGAAGUUUUAAAGAAAUAAAGUUGUUAUGCUGCGAUUUUGGUAUGAUAUUGACUCUCUAGCACAUAGGUAGCCCUCUAAAAAUCAUCCAGUUCUCUAAAUUAUGGAAAUUUUGUGGAAGACGUUGACCUGGAUUUUGAGCCUCAUCAUGGCAUCAUCGGAAUUUCGUAGUGACCACAGACUUUCAUACAGUUCUCAAGAGGAAUUCCUGACUUAUCUAGAACACUACCAGCUAACUAUUCCAAUAAGGGUUGAUCAAAAUGGAGCUUUUCUCAGCUUUACUGUGAAAAAUGACAAACACUCCAGGAGAAGACGGAGUAUGGACCCUCUUGAUCCACAGCAGACAGUACCUAAGUUAUUUUUUAAACUUUCAGCCUAUGGCAAGCACUUUCACCUAAACUUGACUCUCAACACAGAUUUUGUAUCCAAACAUUUUACAGUAGAAUACUGGGGGAAAGAUGGACCCAAGUGGAAACAUGAUUUUUUAGACAACUGUCAUUACACAGGAUACUUGCAAGAUCAACGUAGUACAACUAGAGUGGCUUUAAGCAACUGCAUUGGGUUGCAUGGUGUUAUUGCUACAGAAGAUGAAGAGUAUUUUAUUGAACCAUUAAAGAAUACCACGGAGGAUUCUAAAUAUUUCAAUUAUGAAAAUGGUCAUCCUCAUGUUAUUUACAAAAAAUCUACCCUUCAGCAGCGGCAUCUCUUCGAUCACUCUCAUUGUGGGGUUUCAGACCUCAUAAGAAGUGGCAAAUCUUGGUGGCUGAAUGGCACAUCUUCUUUUCAUUCUUCAUUUCCAAUUAAUGGCACACAUAUCUACAACAGACAGAAGAGAUCAGUAAGCAUUGAGCGGUUUGUGGAGACAUUAGUAGUGGCAGACAAAAUGAUGGUGGGCUACCAUGGCCGCAAAGACAUUGAACAUUACAUUUUGAGUGUGAUGAAUAUUGUUGCCAAACUUUACCGUGAUUCCAGUCUAGGAAACGUUGUGAAUAUUAUAGUGGCCCGCUUAAUUGUUCUCACGGAAGACCAGCCAAACUUGGAGAUAAACCACCAUGCAGACAAGUCCCUCGAUAGCUUCUGUAAAUGGCAGAAGUCCAUUCUCUCUCACCAAAGUGAUGGAAACACCAUUCCAGAAAAUGGGAUUGCCCACCACGAUAAUGCGGUUCUUAUUACUAGAUAUGAUAUCUGCACAUAUAAAAAUAAGCCCUGUGGAACACUGGGCUUGGCCUCUGUGGCUGGAAUGUGUGAGCCUGAAAGGAGCUGCAGCAUUAAUGAAGACAUUGGCCUGGGUUCAGCUUUUACCAUUGCACAUGAGAUUGGUCACAAUUUUGGUAUGAAUCAUGAUGGAAUUGGGAAUUCUUGUGGGACGAAAGGUCAUGAAGCAGCAAAACUUAUGGCAGCUCACAUUACUGCAAACACCAAUCCUUUUUCCUGGUCUGCCUGCAGCCGAGACUAUAUCACCAGUUUUCUAGAUUCAGGCCGUGGUACUUGCCUUGAUAAUGAGCCUCCCAAGCGUGACUUUCUUUAUCCAGCUGUGGCCCCAGGUCAGGUGUAUGAUGCAGAUGAGCAAUGUCGUUUCCAGUAUGGAGCAACAUCCCGCCAAUGUAAAUAUGGGGAAGUGUGUAGAGAGCUCUGGUGUCUCAGCAAAAGCAACCGUUGUGUCACCAAUAGUAUUCCUGCAGCUGAGGGAACACUCUGUCAAACUGGGAAUAUUGAAAAGGGGUGGUGCUAUCAGGGAGAUUGUGUUCCUUUUGGCACUUGGCCCCAGAGUGUAGAUGGAGGCUGGGGUCCCUGGUCGCUAUGGGGAGAGUGCAGCAGGACCUGCGGAGGAGGCGUCUCCUCGUCCCUGAGACACUGUGACAGUCCAGCACCUUCAGGAGGUGGAAAAUAUUGCCUUGGGGAAAGGAAACGAUAUCGCUCCUGUAACACAGAUCCAUGUCCUUUGGGAGCCCGAGAUUUUCGAGAGAAACAGUGUGCAGACUUUGACAAUAUGCCAUUCCGUGGAAAGUAUUAUAACUGGAAACCCUACACUGGAGGUGGAGUAAAACCUUGUGCAUUGAACUGUUUGGCUGAAGGUUACAAUUUUUAUACUGAACGUGCCCCUGCAGUGAUUGAUGGGACUCAGUGCAAUGCAGAUUCACUGGAUAUCUGUAUCAAUGGAGAAUGCAAGCAUGUAGGUUGUGAUAAUAUUUUGGGAUCCGAUGCUAGGGAAGAUAGAUGUCGAGUCUGUGGAGGGGAUGGAAGCACAUGUGAUGCCAUUGAAGGGUUCUUCAAUGAUUCGUUGCCCAGAGGAGGAUACAUGGAAGUUGUGCAGAUACCAAGAGGUUCCGUUCAUAUUGAAGUCAGAGAGGUUGCUGUGUCAAAGAACUAUAUUGCUUUGAAGUCUGAAGGGGAUGAUUACUACAUUAAUGGUGCCUGGACUAUUGACUGGCCCAGGAAGUUUGAUGUUGCUGGGACAGCUUUUCACUACAAGAGACCAACUGAUGAUCCAGAAUCCCUGGAAGCUCUGGGGCCCACCUCAGAAAAUCUCAUUGUCAUGGUUCUGCUUCAGGAACAGAAUCUGGGGAUUAGGUAUAAAUUCAAUGUUCCUAUCACUCGGACUGCCAGUGGAGACAACGAAGUUGGUUUCACAUGGAAUCAUCAGCCUUGGUCAGAAUGUUCUGCGACUUGUGCCGGAGGUAUCCAACGACAGGAGGUGGUCUGUAAAAGGCUGGAUGACAACUCCAUUGUUCAGAACAACUACUGUGACCCCGAUGGCAAGCCCCCCGAAAACCAGCGCUCCUGCAACGGGGAGCCCUGCCCGCCUGAGUGGUUCAUUGGAGAUUGGCUGGAGUGUAGCAAGACCUGUGAUGGUGGAAUGCGCUCUAGGGCAGUGCUCUGCAUCAGGAAGAUCGGACCUUCUGAGGAGGAGACACUGGACUACAGUGGUUGUUUAACACACCGGCCUAUCGAAAAUGAGCUCUGCAACAACCAGUCAUGUCCACCUCAGUGGGUGGCUCUGGACUGGUCAGAAUGCACUCCCAAGUGUGGUCCAGGAUUCAAGCAUCGAAUUGUUCUGUGCAAGAGCAGUGACCUCUCUAAAACAUUCCCAGCUGCUCAGUGUCCAGAGGAGAGCAAACCCCCUGUCCGCAUGCGCUGUAGUCUGGGCCGCUGCCCUCCUCCACGUUGGGUCACUGGAGACUGGGGCCAGUGUUCUGCUCAAUGUGGCCUUGGGCAGCAAAUGCGAACUGUGCAAUGUCUUUCCUACACUGGACAGGCGUCUAGUGACUGUCCCGAAACUGUUCGGCCUCCGUCGAUGCAACAGUGUGAAAGCAAAUGUGACAGUACCCCCAUUUCCAAUACUGAAGAGUGCAAAGAUGUGAACAAAGUGGCUUAUUGCCCACUGGUGCUGAAGUUCAAGUUCUGCAGUCGAGCAUACUUCAGACAGAUGUGUUGUAAGACCUGCCAAGGACACUGACCCAUGGAAAGCCUGAGAGAGCCUUGUCAUUUCAUCGUGGAAACGUGUCCAUCAAAGAGAGCCACCCAGAGGAAGAGGAUUGAUGUCCUUGCAGAUGCAUUACCCUGUGGAAAACGUAACCACUGGUCAGCCCUAGCUGACAGGAUUUCAAUAUUAUUUUAACUUCUAUGAAGUGGGAUUUAUUGAUCCAAAGUGCUGGACACGGUAUUAGGAGGGAAUGCCAGAUUGGAGAGAUCCAAACAACACAGGGAGACUUGCUUACUGUGGAAUGUUUGUGUUCUUUCGAGUAAAUCCAAUAGCCUGUUUACCUCCUUGGACCAUUAAGAUAAUUUUUAUUAUGGACUUAGCAAUGACACUGAAUCCAUUUGUAUUUAAAACUGUUUAAAAUGUAGCUGUUAUGACUUGGUCAACUAUGGAAGUAAAGAAGAUUCAGAAAUCUUAAGUCAUAGCUUAAAAAUAUUUACUAUACUUUAUCUCACUGCAAUAGCACCACAAUUGAAAUUCUCAAAUGGGCUUUGAACUGUAAUUUAAGGAGCAAUUAUAAAUCAAAAGUAAUGAGAGUUUGCAUUAUUUUUCUUCAUUCCACUUAAUUUCCUUAGGAACCCCCACCCCAGUUCUGAACACUGCUGUGAGCCAUAUAUAAACUAUAUUAAACCAGACAAUGAAGGACUUAGUUUAAAGCAGUGCAUCAGUUACUGCAGCUGUGCAAGUCUAUAAAUUCAGUGCUAAAAAACGGUGGCCAACUUGCCAUUGUGCAAGUGAAGCUGAGAUUUCCAUUAAAACUUUAAGAGAAAAGCAGUUCGUUUUCAUGCAGAAGCCAGACAUGGGGUUUGGUCAAGAUGGAAGUACCAGCCUCCUAUGGCCAUCUCAUAGGAUGCCUCAGUUCUUACUUGAGUCACCCAAUUCAUUGUGUUUACAUCCUCUUCGGCCUUAGAAGGGCUUCUGUUCUGUUGGAUUGUUGCACAUGUGUCCUGUCAUACUUACUGAGGUGAUACCAUGCAAGAGAGAGACUGGCUUUGCUUAGUAACAAUCAGACAGACCCGGCGGCUGACAAUUACAAUGGGUUCCAGAUGUCCCUCCUUUGAUAUGGCAGAAGGGCAUUUAUUUAUAUGAAAACAAGUGUGUGUGUGUGGACCCUUUAGAGUAUGUGGGUAGGUGAAUGUGCAGGCACAAACCUGUGCUACUUCUAUGAGUUUUAAAGUAGGCAACGGAUAAUAACCAAAGAAAAGAAACUUGUGAAGACUAGAGAUUAUCAAACGUCAUUUUAAUAGUCACUCCACCAAAUAUUUUGUAUUUUUAAUGAGUAUUCUGAAUGACAGGUAAAUGUGAAACCCAGUUUCUUAGGCAGGUCAAAUUCAAGGUCCAACCUACCUAAAUUAAAUGGACUGGCUCCAUUUUCCCCUCAUGCACAGGUUUCACAUCAAGCUCAUCAAGAGAUUUGAAAGCAAGAUUUAGAAAAAGAAAGAAAAGAGGGUGCUUGUUUGUAUUGACAUUUCAUACUUGAAUCUUUGUCACUAGCAGCAGGCUCUUGAUGAAUGUGUUGUGUCCAACACUCCUGCUUGGCUCUCCAAGACUCUGUACACUCUGUUCCACCAAUACUAAACUCAAACCAAAUGGCCAACUUUUUAAGACACUUGCUGCAGUCAAAAAGCAUGUCUGACUUAGACCCACUGCUGAGCUCUGAAACCACAUGUCAGGUAUAUCCCAUGU